UGUACCGCCCCCCGUCAUCAACAUGGUAGUACUUCUCGGACUGUCCUUCCACAUUAAACCGAUAAUUCUCAAAGACAUCUCACUCAACGCCACAGUCGACGAUACCCCCCAAUGAUGAGUUUGCGGUAUCUGAAAAUACAUGUUAUGACGAUCAUUCGAAUACGAUGAACCUCGAGUUACGCCAUUCUGGUCGGACUGUUUUUCCUGGCUCGUCGAGCCACGUCGCCAACUUGUCCAUCUACACCGCCAAUCAUACACAGUUUAACACUGCCAUGAUGGACAAUACAGCACGUCCACAACUUCCAACAGCCAAUACAAUACAUGACAACAUGUAUAUUCCAAUGAUGCCUAACAACGCACCUGGGCCACAAAAUGUCUACGAGCGUCCUCCGGCGGCCUACAUGAACCAGUAUUAUGACAUCCCUUCUCACAACCUCCCAAGCUCUCAUGGUGCCCUGUACCACAACCCGGUAACAGGGAGAUCAUAUUCCCCAGCAAUGCAUCUAAAUGGCAAUGGUACUUAUUCACCUCAAUACAUCUCGCCCAGUAUCUUGUAUCCUUUUCUUUGCGUCUUGCCAAUCUUUGUUGAGAGUGAGCAUGAAGUUUGGGUUUGGUGCGGGUGCUCAUUGAAGCCAGUAGGCUGGGAGAAGCUUUGCGUCGUCGUAGGGAGAAAGAGGGUUAGCAUUCAAAGCGAAUCGCAAACCAUCUUCUCCUCUUCGCAAGCAUUUCGAGGUUUCAAUCUGUCACAAUAAUGUCAUCUUCUAGUCCCGAUAAUACGGCGAGCUCACCAUGCCAUCACG